AUUUAAUUCGGCAUCUCGAACCAGAAAACCGGACCUCGCUACACAAUGGAACAUUUUACCACGGAAUUCAAUGGCACCCUGUCCCAACACCUGGAUCGGGGUCAGUAUUUUGAAAUUGAGUUCGAGGCCAUGGAGAAUCCCAAAAAAACCCAAAUUGCCUUUGCCAAGGAGAAGCUAAGCAAGGACCCGGAAACCGAUAUUGGAAUGUUGUUGGUUUUGAAUUAUGUCAACAAUCUGAUAACAGCCAAUUCUCGUUAUGGCGGCGAAUGGGUCAAUGCGGCCGAGGUCCAGUGUGACAUAUCCCGCCUGUGGCGUGAACCCAUCAAACUGACUAUUCAUUUGUGGGAGGAGAGUUUCCAUGUGGCCGUGAAUGGCAAACAUCGGAUCCGUUUAAAUUAUUGUGGUAACAUUCAUUUACUGCAGGCCCUUCAGAUCGACAAUGAUGUGCGGAGGAUACUGCGUGUGGAUCAUCGCAACACGUAUCCGACCCCAUGGCCCCUGUGGUGUAGGGUCCAUGCCCCCUAUGGGGAUGAGGUGAACUAUUUUAGUUGUGAUGUGCCGGCGCCACCGUAUCAGGGAUUGAUGGUGGUCAUACGGGUGCGCUGUUUCGGGGAGAGGGGUCGACUGAAUAUCAACACCAAGCAUGAGGUGAGGGACAAGCUAUUUGCCCACUUCAGCAUCAGGUUUGAUGAGAAUUGUGUGGUGCGGAAUAAUAAGAUCGAUAACAUAUAUGGUGAAGAAGAUCGCAACACCGACUUUCCAUUUGAUUUUGAUCGGGAAUUCCGUCUGGGCAUUGCCUGCGGAGAGAAGGCAUUUCUGCUGGCCUUCAAUGGCCUGAAUUUGGGUUCCUUCGCUUAUCGCGAAACCGGGGACCUGAAAUUAUCCACCGUGGGCGGUUUCAACAUGUACAGCACUCUGGGUUUAAUGUUUAAGGUUACCGAAUUCGAUUAUAUUCCCUUGAAUGGACCGGAAUGUAAAUGCUAUGAGAGGCAUACUAUUUUAUAAAUAUCAAAAAA